CAGUCACUUGCUCUCGCUGCUUCUCACUUUGUACACACCCCCAGCAGGUGCUUUCACUUGAGGUUUAGUUUGGAGUUUUGCUUUAGGCUGUGUCUUCAGGUUUACUGUAAUUGUACCAAAGAGCCUAGGAGUGUCCGAGGCCUCAGGCUGGAGACUGUGCAACAGUCAUCAAGGGAGAGAUAUUGAAGACUGAAGGGUGCCUGCUGCACCUCUAACCUCAGGUAGUGCCCAGGUGUCUAGCUGGGUGUUGGUCUGCAACGGGACCAAAAAGGCCAUCCUUCAUCAUCAGCAGAACCAGACCUGCACUGCAUCUGCCACCAUCCAGUCAAGUCUUCGCCUCUGGUCAUCAGAGCAUCUUUGCCUCGGUACCAGUUAUGUCAAAUCCAGUGGGCAGUCUAUCAGAAGGCACAGUGUAUGGAUCCCGGAUCGGGAUGACAGAGAACUCACUCGCCAUCUUAGAGCGAAACAGGAGCUCCGGAGAACCUUGGGACCUGGGCCAGACAAAACCAAACAUGGAAGCCCUUGAGCGCAGCAUACCAAGCCUCUAUUUCUCCUGCUUCGACAUGCUCCUCACUGAAGAUGCCACCUGGUUGGUGAAAGUGUCAGAGGCCUCCCAAGCACUGACUGUACCUAUGGCUCGAAUAGAGCCCCAGGAGGAACCAGAGCAGUGCCCCGUUAUUGAUAGCCAGGAACAGGGAGUCUCUCCUGUGCUGGAGGGCCAGGAGGAAGAGCGCUCUCUGGAGCAGGUGCAGAGCAUGGUGGUGGGAGAAGUGCUGAAGGACAUUGAAACAGCCUGCAAACUCCUCAAUAUCACCCCAGACCCUAUUGAGUGGAACACAGGGAACGUCCAGAAGUGGCUGCUGUGGACCGAACAUCUGUACAGGUUGCCCCACGCAGGAAAGUCUUUUCAGGACCUGACGGGAAAGGACCUGUGCGCCAUGAGCGAGGAGGAGUUUCGUCAGCGCUCACCACAGUGUGGAGACACGCUGCACGCACACCUUGACAUAUGGAAAUCAGCUGCCUGGAUGAAAGAGAAGUGUUCAGUUGGAGAUACAAAAACUCCUGAUGCUCAGGAACUUUGGUCCGAGGCAGAUUCAUCUUGUUCAGGUCAGCCCAUUCACCUGUGGCAGUUCCUCAGAGAACUUCUGCUUAAACCUCAUAACUAUGGACGCUGCAUCCGCUGGCUCAAUAAAGAAAAAGGUAUUUUUAAAAUUGAAGACUCUGCUCACGUUGCAAGACUGUGGGGCCUCCGAAAGAAUCGACCUGCUAUGAACUAUGACAAGCUGAGCCGCUCCAUACGUCAAUACUACAAGAAGGGCAUCAUCCGCAAGCCUGACGUGUCUCAGAGACUGGUGUACCAGUUUGUUCACCCAGUAUGAGGCGGCAGCGUAGUGGGAGGAGUAGGCGAUAGAAACCUACAAAACUGAAAGGACACAGCAUCUCAUCACCAUGUUGCUGAACACCUAAGCCUGAGAUGAAAAGGUGACAUGGAACAUGUGCACUGACCAACCCCAUUGGUACACACUUCCACUGCCAACACUAAAGUAACAGCUGGCAGCUGCUGCGUGAAGACUUAUCUGUGCAUGAUCUGAGAAGAAGACACAAAACAAUGUGGCUGUUGAGGCUUUUUUUUUCCUACUACAGAAUGAAACAACCAAAAAGAACUGCCUUGUCGUUUGCAUGAUCUGCCUGUUUAUUUUUCAAUAAUAUAUAUAAUAAUAUGAAUUAACCUUCACACAUUACACCAACCAGUUAGAAAUGAUCGCUCUUACGUAAAAGCUCCAGGAAAACGCCCACUGCUGCAUUUGCUUUGUCUUUUUGUUUCGCUCAUCUUGACCACUGUCUCUGUUUGAAUUAGAGCCAGUUUUUCUGCCACAGCUGAAAAUGUGGUUAGAAUACUUUCAUUUCUUUUAUUGGGUUUGGUCCUGGCUCUUAUAUACACAAUCAGUCAGUCAGGACAAGGUGCUCUGUUAUCUCAUCUACAAGUCUCAGACAAAGACACUUCAGUAGUUUGCUGAAUCUGGAUCCAAGACUUCGGCCAGUCCUCAAACUCUGCUGUGACCGUAUCGAUAAUGACACUUGUAACUUGGUAAAGAGUGAUGCAUUCCCUUAAUAUUUGUUGACUGCUGAAUAUAUAUUAUGCUGUUGACUCUGGUUUAUACUGCUGUACAAUUUAUUGAAUUUUUGUGUUGUGGGUGUUUUACUGUGGAGACCCAAAGUCUUAAAAAUAGGAUAAAUGGAUAUAAAAUAAAUAAUCAUAUAAAUAAAUACAGACAAAAUGUGUCGUAUAACCAUGAAAUUAUAAAUAUAUUUUUAGUAAUGUCAGCAGCGUCUGUCAGUCCAACACUGUCAUCCAAACCACUUUUGUUGAUUAUUUGAACGUAAUGUCAUAAGAUUUUGUGCAGACGUUAAUUUUCCCGUCAGGAUGACUUAAUAUAACUUUUAUGAUCCCUUGAUGUUUCAUCUAGUGCCAUCAUUAAAAUAAUAUUUUAAAAAGUAACAUUCAGCAUGUUAGUCACUGUGGGAAUAUCAGCAUGCCGAUGUUAACAUUUAAGUUACUGUAGACUCCUGUCUAAAGAUCAUCAGCAUUUUAUCCUGUCCCUUUACAAAUCUUACACAAUUUGUUUCAGAUCACUUAAUAUGUCCUUUUUUCCAAAUUAAUAAUUUAAUUCAAAAUGUUUUAUUAAAUGAUAUGACAAAUUUCUUUUCAUUACAAAUUCUUUGUCUCUUAAUCCAGAAAAACGGACAGGAGAAAGCCAACAUGAAAUAUAGUGUAUAAGAUGAUGAAAAUUGACAUGAAAUGCUCAUUGGGGACAAAUUACAGUGUGAAAUGAAAACUGAGUUUUUGACAGAAUAAAGGUGGAAUUAAAUAAAUAAGCAGGAUGAAAUAACAUUUCAGUUAAAAUCUUAUUAGUAUAUCUGACAAUUUCAUACAUGUAGUCUGAAUUUAUUUCUGUGAAUGUUUAUUUCAUAUUUAUUUUUAAGCUUUGGGGCUGCAUAUGUUACACUCAGUUCUUACCAUAAUCCUUCUUAUUAAUGUCAUCUGGAGUUUGCCUGAAGGUCUGCCUGAACAAGGAUAUCCAAGCUUCACACAGGGCUCAAUAAACUCUCAUUUUUAUCUGAACGUUAAUCUCCGUGUUGUGUAAUCUAAUUGAGGGUGUCAAGUU